AGCCUUGGGUGAGAGUGGAGUUGGGUUGAGGGGUACCCCAUUGGGUCGUAAAGGGUCGGGGUCAGUUAGGUGGAGGACAGAGUCGAGAGAGAACACUGCAAGUCGGAACAGUCGAACAGAGUUCUCCAAGUUUUUUCUCAGUUCUCUGUUCCACCAUUGAAGCUGUUAGGGUCGAAAUCUAUUAGGACCUAGAAUCUGUUCCUUCAUUGAAGAAUUAGUUAUAGGUUAUUCUCUCAGUUCUCUGUUCCACCCGUCACCAAAUGGAGGGCAGGGUCGAAAGCUUCUAGGGUUUCAACGCCGCUGUUUCGCCUUUGAAGCUGUUAGGGUCGAAGUUUUUUCUCAGCUCUCUCAAUUCUCUGUAUGUUCCUCCAUUGAAGCAAGUUUUUUCUCUUAUCUUCAACGCCGUUGUUUCUCAGAGUUCUUAAGUCACGUGUAGAUCGGAGCUUUGGAUGGGAUCAUUCAUUUUGGAUUUAUAAGCCCUAGAGUGUAAGAUGGACAUCAUCUCUCAGCUGCAAGAACAAGUCAAUACAAUUGCUGCUCUUGCCUUCAAUACCUUUGGGACACUACAAAGAGAUGCCCCUCCUGUGCGGCUUUCUCCAAACUAUCCAGAACCACCUGCUAAUCCUUCAGAGGAUGCAAUAAAUGUUGCAGAACAACCCAAGCUCAUGAGUGCUACUCUGGUUAAAGCUGCUAAGCAGUUUGAUGCAUUGGUUGCAGCACUUCCAUUGUCAGAAGGAGGUGAAGAAGCACAAUUGAAACGGAUUGCAGAACUUCAGGCUGAAAAUGAAGCUGUUGGGCAAGAACUUCAGAGGCAACUAGAAGCUGCAGAACAGGAAUUGAAACAGGUCCAGGAGCUAUUUAACCAAGCAGCAGACAACUGUUUAAACUUGAAGAAACCUGAUUGAUGAUUAACACCAUUUUGGGACCCCAUGAGUUUAAUUCUGGCAUUGAACAUAUUUCCUAAAUUCUGGAUUCCACUGCCUAGUAAAAUGAUAUAGAUUAUAAUUCAAGUAUGUGAUAGAUGUGAUGCACGUCUCUUUUCAUGCUUAGUUUUGAGAUUAAUUUAACUGGUUUUCUUGGUGUGAUUAGACCAUUAUAUCUAGAAUUAGUGAAGGUAGUGUGCUUUCGGCCAAAGUUUGGAAGGUCGGAACCAAAGGGAUUUGAUUCCACCAAACAAGUUCGUUAUGCCUAAAACCAACCUGAUCUGUUAGCCUCAUUUUACCCCGGUGGCGAUGACAAGGACAAUGCUUCAAGAACUACAGACAUGGACAAAGAUUUUUCUUUUUUUCUUCUCUCCUUGUUAGACGAGAGUAAGACAUAGUCGGUUCUAACUUGUAACAACUUUAUUGUAUAAAGGCCACGUGGUCCCACUUGUCUAAGGCUGUUGAACACUUGUAUCUAUAAAUACUCAUCGAAUGAAUAAUAUUGUGUCAGUUUGCAUCAUUCUUCGGUGCUAGUUAUCAUGUA